AUGGCAUUUGAGAACCGCUAUCCAACUGUUACCAACUUCCGUAAACGGCUUAAUGUGUCAGAGGUCACACUCUUAGCUUCAAACGGGACUAUAAGAGUUCUGCAUAAUCUUUUCUCUGCCUUUCACUCCUCUGGAAAUGUCUGCUCUGUAGAUUUGCCCUCUCAACUCUUGCGGCGACGUCCUCAAAAUUCUUGGAUCAUGGUUUCCACUAUCCUAUUCUCUACGGUUGCGGUCGUAAGUGCUUUCUUAUUCUUCCAAUAUCGAAAUCUGCAGCGACACAUCGAAGAAGCCAAAAAGUCGGGCUUCAAGUAUACCAUUUCUCCAGUGUAUUUUCAAUCUAUACCAUGGAUCAUCCUCCAGAAUAUCUUUAUACCAUUCCUUUCCAGACUUCCCAGUCAGUGGACUCAGUCUUGGCUUCCACUCUCCAAAUGGGGCGAGACCUGGCAUGAAGGCUACGAGCCCUUCAGAAGGAUGAAUGAUGAUACGAUAAUGAUAGUUUCCGCCGGGGGCAAUAUACUCUGGACAUGCGAUCCUGAAAUUAUCAUGCAGGUGUCUACCCGACGCAACGAUUUUGUCAAGCCAACUGAGAUGCUUGAUAUCCUCAACAUUUACGGGCCUACCAUUACCGCCGCUGAAGGGGAAGAGCAUCGCAUUUUCAAAAAGGUCGCUUCGCCAUCUUUCAAUGACAAGAACUUUCAGUCUGUUUGGACAAGUACUAUUGAGCAGACAGAAAUGAUGAUGCAAAAAUGGCUCAAUAAUGGUGGCUCUGUUUCCAACCUCAAUGGCGAUGCUGGAAAGCUCACUUUGCAUGUCAUCAGCAAGGUCUUCUUCGGGAAAACAAUUAAGUGGACAGAGGACGAUGCAAAGCCCAGUCCAGGGCAUACUUUGACUUAUGAACGCGCAAUAAGUACUGUCUUCGAAUACAAUAGUACUAUCUUUCUGACCCCUCGACCAAUUCUCAAUUACUCCCCUUUGAAGAUUCACAAAAUUGCAAAGGAAGCCUUCGUGGAAUGGCGAAAAUAUAUGGAAGAGAUGCGGGACAGUACCGCUGAACAUCUUCAAACUCAUGAUCUGGAAGAGGAUGGGACUCUUCUAGAACACUUCGUCAAAGCUGGUACUCCUGGACUUCGCAGUCCAGAGUUGUCAAUCCCUGAGGCUGCGAUUCUCGGCAACAUUUUUAUCUUCAUUCUUGCUGGCCACGAAACUAGCGCCAAUAUCUUCACGUACGCGGUGAUGCUGCUAGCAUGCAGGCCGGACUUUCAAUUAUCUUUACAAGCCGAUAUUGAUACCCUCGUUGGUGAUCGGAAAGCAAGUCAGUGGUCCUACAAGGCGGACUUUUCUAAACUUAUGAAUGGCCAUGUCGGAGCACUGAUGAAAGAAACACUUCGACUUUACACCGUCCUUCCAUUUCUACCCAAAGUCAACAAAACGAAAGAGCAGACGCUAAAAGUAGGCAACCAAACUCAUAUUUUGCCCCGCGAUACGCUUGUGAUGAUCAAUACAAGCGCCACCCAUCGUAAUCCCAAACACUGGUCAGAAAUCCAGAAAACAGCUGGAGAUGGGCCGCCGUACCCCUUGUCCGAUUUUCACCCAGAACGCUGGCUUCAGUCAUCGGACUCAAAGGCCACAUACAAUCCUCCGGAAGGAGCUUAUGUUCCAUUCGCUGAGGGCUAUCGUUCUUGUCCAGGGCAAAGAUUCGCUCAGGCAGAAUUUUGCGCUGCUAUUGCUCGAUUGUUCAGCGAAUUUAGCGUGGAACUGGCUUGCAAACCCGGAGAAGAUCAUGCGAGCACUCUUGAGAAGGUAGAGCAACAGAUGUCAAAUGGUACAGUGUUCGAGAUGGGCUUGAAAAUGAAAAAACCGGUGCCGUUGAAAUUUGUGAAAAGGAAAGCUUAA